AUGUGUUUAUUUUUUGGAGUAGCAUUUACUUCUCCGUCAUUCAAGUCUGGGUAUUCGCCCUAUUUGGGCAUGAUUGAUGCAGGCAGUACGGGAAGCCGCUUUUACCUGUUUAAAAUGGACCGAGACGAAAACAAUGAGAUUGUGCGAAUGAAGGAGGUGUAUUCGGCUGAAUGUACUCCGGGCAUAAAUUCCUAUGCCUCGAACUUGGGUGGAGUCUGGCAGCCUCUCUACAAUCUGAUGAAAAAUGCCGAAAAGCAUGUCAAAACGUCAGGAAUGUGUGUUCUCUGCUACGGUCUCUCACCCUCCAGGGACAUUCCAGUGUACAUCUACGCCACGGCCGGAAUGCGUGUUCUGAACAAGCACGACCAGAACCGAAUCUACAACGCGAUCUACUUCGCAUACCUCCGCUCCGACCUUCAUUUCUACAUGCGUCGCGACAUGCUCCAGACCAUCGACGGCGAGCUGGAGGCUCUCUACGGCUGGAUCACGGUGAACGUCCUGUUUCCCCAGUUUCUCGAUCAGAACGGUCGGAUCACUCCCUCUCUGCGGUACACGCGUCGCGCGACGCUCGGCUCGUUAGACCUGGGCGGCGAAUCGACGCAGAUCGCGUACCAGUUCGCGGUACGACGCCCCGGCGACGCGGUCGACUUCGCGCAGGACCUGUUCUGCCGGUCGUUCCUGUCGUUCGGCGCGAAGGAGGCGCAGCUGCGCUUCGAAGCCUUCCUCCUCAGCAAUCGCGAAGCCUUCCGCGACGACGCCGAUUCCCGCGAGGAUCGCCUCCACGUCCCCAACCCGUGCAAUCACCGCGGUUAUCUCGACGAGUCGCCCAACUACCCCGCGCUCCCGCACGAGGGAACCGGCAAUGUGGCCGCGAAACGCCCGCCUCACCGAUAG